GGUUUGUGCUUUUAUUUAUACUUUUUUUUCUAUUAAGUUUAUGUUCAAUCCAUUAUUUUGAUAUUGCCCUCCAGCGUUGGGCUUCUACCCACUAUCUUAUAUCCAGGAUGCUGCUCUCAUGGAUUGCAAUAAAACAGAGCCUCGAGGAUAUCGGUUACCUGGCUGUGGAUGUUUUCACAACUGGUAAAAGGGAUGGCACUCGGAGAACUCUCAUCCUCCUCCUCACCUGUAGCUUCUCCAGCCUCCUGCUCAGCUCCCUGCUCCUCCUGUACCUCCUCUUCACCCUGAACUAUGGGCUGGCAGUGGCUGGAGGGAUUGCUGGCUGCUGUGGGACACUGCUGACAGUCGCCCUCUUCCUAUCAAAGAGAGUCAGGUGCUUGGGGACGCUUUUUGUGAUCUCUAUUUUCAUGAAGAAGAGUCGGAACCUGCUCCUGACCGCCGGGACCAGCUUAGUGGUUCUCAGAAACAUCCGCAACACCUUGGAGAACCUCACAGGACUGGGCAGGAGUAUGAUUUGCAACCUGAAGGCGAAGAAAGCAGCCAUCAUUGAUCCAUUCAGUAACUAUGUGAAGAUGCUGAAGUGGCUGGGAAACAUGCUCAAGGGGGUGACAGAUUUAGGGGUUUUGAACCUUGACUCCAAACUCAAGGUUUCACCCAGACUGGAAUCAGAGCAGUUCAGGGAGAAACUCAGUGAAGCAGAGCAGAAGCUGAACGAAACUGUGAAGUACGUGCAGUCCGUUAUGAACGCAGUCUCCUCCGUGACCGAGAGGAUGUUUCCUGCCAUCAGCUUCCUCGUGCUCAUGAUGUUUAUAGCACUGCACAUAAAGAAGUUCUGCAACGACAUGAAAUACGAGAACAGGUUCAUCAGCAGCAGAUUUAUCCGUUUUGACGAGAAGCAGAAGGCGGCGGGAAGGCCCCACGUCCUCCCCCUCACACCGGAGGAAGAGAAGCUGUACACCGCCGUGCCCUCCGCCCGUCCCACCACCAGGGAGGGGAGAGCUAUGCUGAAAUUUGGAGUUCCAGUUCUCUCGCAUUUCGCAGCUUGGGUCAUAUUUAUAACUGUGGAUGCUUUAUUGUACUGGUUUAUUGAUAUUGUAACAACAAGGCUAUCAGAGCUGGAACCAUUCCAUGUCCCUUUGUUAGUCAGCAUUAAUGUGAUUGCAACUUUAUUAGGCAUACCAUUUGGAGAGGAAAAUCAUCAGCAAGACUUUUCCUACUCUGUGACUCUGUUUGAGAAGCAGUGUCUGCCCAAACCCAAGCUGCUGCUCUACAACUCCGUAGUUCCUUUGGCCACCAUCCUGCUCGCCCUGCUCAUCAUGGCUCUGAUGUUUGCCAAAGUGGCCCAGCUCAGGCUGAUGGUCUGCGAGCGCUUCUUCUCCAGCGCUGCGGAGGCCAGAGUGGAAUACCUGCACGCCAAAAUCCUGAGGAAGAGAUUAAAACGGAGGGUGCGCUGCCUCACAUCGCUCUACUUUAAACCUCAGUUCUGGUGCCCGCUGCUAUUCAAGCCCAAAGAGGAUUCACAAGCUGUCGUGUGAGAACGUUAUUCCACUGCAUGAUUUUUUGUUCUAGGAAUGAGAAAGCAUAUGAAAACACAGGAAAGUCUCCUGGUGAGGCCAGUUUUGACCUAUAGCAUCUAUGCCUCAGUGAUCCUUUUAUUACUGCAUCACUUGUACAUGAUUUAAAUUGAGCUUUUGCCUCUGGGAAAAAAGCCCUCAAUACAUUUACAGUAUUUAUAAAAAAGCAGAGGUUGUUUCACUGGACACUUGUGAUUUAAACAAGCUGUUCUGUCCGUCUCAAAUCCAAGAAUCACUGCUCAACUAUGUGCCUCUCUGGAGGUAAAUAAUGUCCUUCAGCUACGUCAGCCAGACUUUCAACCUCGUCCAAUAACUGCUGGAACUGCUGCUGUGGAAAAAUCAACAUUGAGUUGCACUGUUUGUAGAUCUGAUUCGAUAUCUAUCGUUGAUCAUUAUAUUCCGUUAAGCUGUUUUCCAUUGAUGAUUAUGCUUACAGCUGGUUCGAAUCAGAUCUUUUUGGUAGAGUUCAGAUGUUUCAAAUCAAGUCUGUGUACCACAUGGAUCAAUAAUGGGCCUUCUGCUAUUUUCUCUAUAUGUAAAUAGUAUUCAUUUUCCAAGUGAACAUUGCAAUGUCCAUUUUUAUGCUGAUGAUACCAUCUUAUUUGGUAACAGUCUGCUAUUCAUGACCUCCAGACCUCUUUUAUUGAUUUAAAGCUUGUUGAAAGGCCAUAAAAACAUAAUAUAUGCCUUUACCAAGCGCACAAAGCUUACAGGACAGCAUACAGAGCUUUCUCCUUUCAGAACAGGAAAGCAUUACACAGUCCACUGUGCUAUCCUCUCUGGAUUAUGGAGAAAGCCUGAAUGCGAACUGAACUAUAACACUAGAUCACACACACAGGAUAGAUUUAAAAGUUCUUCAUGCCAACUCUGAACUGGGGAAGACUUACAACUUCUACUUUCUUUUAUUUAUAAUAUUUGUGACUGUCGUGUGUGUGUGUGUGUGUGUGUGUGUGUGACUGCUUUUUAAAUCGUCUUUAUGUAUGUAUGUAUUUUUCACUACAUAUCUAGAUAAUUUUCUAUAUUAUAUU